AUGGGCUUUCCUCUGUCAGGACUCAUUGCCGAAGCAGUUCUACAGAGGUUCGAACAGCUAUUCUUCAGCUCGGACCCCCCGAAGUUCUGGGCCCGAUACGUCGAUGACACAUUCAUCAUACUAAAGAGGAGUCAUGUGCAAGCUUUCAAGGUGUUGCUGAAUUUAAUCUUUCCCGACAUCCAGUUUACCAUGGAAGAAAAAUUCAACAAUCAGUUGCCCUUCCUUGACGUUGAAUUUACAAAACUGGCAGACGGGAAGAUAAAGACAACGGUCUACCGUAAGGCAACUAACAUCAGGCGCGUUGAGGCGUAG